AUGAAGGUGUUGGUCUGUCCAUCCGGCUUCAAGGGGAGCCUCCCACCGCAUACGGCCGCCGACUGCAUAGAGAGCGGGAUCCUCUCCGUCAUGCCCGACGCCUCUGUUCGGAAGGUCCCCCUGGUGGACGGCGGCGAAGGGUUCACCACAGCCCUCGUCGCCGCCACGCGCGGGACGCUCUACCCCGUCCUCGUCACAGGCCCCGUAGGCGUCCCCGUCGAGUCCUUCUUCGGCAUCUUGGGGGGCGACGACAGCAGCAGCACCGGCAGCAGCAGCAGCACCGGCAAGCCCAAGCCCGAGCCCAAGCCCAAAGGCAGGACGGCGGUCAUCGAAAUGGCAGCCGCAGCCGGGCUGAGCCUGGUUCCGCAACACCUCCGCAACCCAGGCCUCACGACGACGUACGGCGUGGGCCAGCUCAUCCUCGCGGCCCUGGAUGCGGGGGCCGAGCGCAUCGUGGUGGGGUGCGGCGACUCGGGUACCUGUGACGGCGGGGCGGGCAUGCUCCAGGCACUGGGGGCGCGCCUGCUGGACCGGGACGGCCGGGCGCUCCCCUUGGCAGGGGGCGGCGAGGCGCUGCGCCGGCUCGCGACGAUCGACCUCGGCGGCGUGGACCCGCGCGUCGGGAAGGCGGCCAUCGAGGUGGCGGUGAACUGGAGCAACGUGCUCUGCGGGCGCCAGGGGGUGGCCCGGGUGUUUGGCGCGCAAAAGGGGUCCACGGCCGAGCAGACGGAACGACUGGCUGCGGCUAUGGAGGUCCUAGGAAACGUAGCUGGACGACUCUUGGGCGAGGAGAAUAUCGGACAGGCGGCUGGCGGUGGGGCGUCCGGGGGGCUGGGGACGGGGCUCCGACUGGUCGGGGCGGUUUUGCGCCCUCGGUACGAGGUGGUGGCGGAGUAUGUGGAUUUCGAAACGCUCUUCGACGAUUGCGACCUGGUGAUCACGGCGGAGGGGGGCAUCGACGACCAGACGCCGCGGGGCAAGAUUCCGGCGGAAAUCGGGAGACGGGCCAAGAGGUUUGGGCUGCCGGUGGUGGCUAUCGCGGGGACCAUCGGGCCUGGUGCGCGCGUCAACUACGAGGUGGGCAUCGAUGCGUACACGUGCAUCCUGCAGCGGCCCAGCACGUUGGAGGAGGCCGUUGUGGAUGCCGAGAGGCUGACUCGGGAGAGUGCCGAGUGCGUUAUGAGGAUGAUCAUCGUAGGACGGAUGUUAGCAUGGGACUUACGACCCUGCAUCCUCAGCAUGUCUACCUAUGAACUAAAGAAAUGCCAUUUUGAGUUUGAGUUUGACGUGGUUCAGAUCGCCGUCUAUGUGCGGAGGUGAAGGUCC